AUGGCUGAAGAUACCAACUUUGGACCUCAUCACGCUGGCCUGUUCGACUUUACUAUCCUCUUUGAACAGAGCAUCCUAUCUCUGUUGCCUACUUGCAUCUUUAUACUUCUCGUACCUUUGCGAGUUUCGGUUCUCUGGAAACAUGAAAGAGUCACAAAGGAUGGGCUUCUUUUGUGGUCCAAACUGGUAACUCUCGUGGCGCUGUGGAGCAUCGACUCUCGAUCGAUCAAAACAUCUAUAGCGGAAUCCGUCCUCGGACUUGUCGAAUCACUCGCCCUUGCGGCUUUGUCGUACAUGGAACAUCAAAACUCGGCCAAGCCGGCUGCCCUGAUCAGUCUCUACCUGAUCCUCACAAUCAUCCUCGACCUCGCCCUUACAAGAACACUCUGGAUACGUUCAGGGAUGCAAGCUCUGGCUUCGACUUUUACCGUGUCCCUCGUCCUCAAGACAGUCCUCCUUGUCCUAGAAGAGACCCCUAAACGCUUGAGCACCGGUGAAAAGGGUUCUGUCAGGGAGACUUCUGUCGGCGUGGUGAACAGGAGUUUCUUUUGGUGGCUCAAUCACUUGUUUGUAGAAGGGUUCCGUGGUUUGAUAGACCUGGAUAGCCUGGGCGCACUCAAUGAAAAGUUCAACACACAUGAUCUAUCAGAACGCAUCGAGGAGCGAUGGAAGAGAGACCCCAAAACGAGCCCAUUCUGUCUACUCAAAUGCACCUUCAUGGCGUACAAGUGGCAGUUCCUUGCCGGCAUCCCACCUCGACUCCUUCACAGUGGCUUCAACUUUGCCCAACCCUUUCUGAUCCAGGCCAUCAUCAUCUUUGUCAGCAUGGAGGAGACGUCUGUACAGAUUGCAGGCGGAUUGAUCGGUGCUACAGUCCUUGUCUACAUUGGGCUUGCCAUUUCUGGUGCUUGGCAUAGAUACAUGUCGAACCAACUGGUCGUCAUGUAUAGGGGUGGACUUGUGUCUUUGAUCUUCCAAAAGACUUUGAAGUUGAGGACGGCGUCUAUCAAGGAUUCUGCACCUGUCACUCUCAUGACGACUGAUGUCGACGUUAUCGUUGCUGCGGGAGCUUCGAUCCAUGACAUGUGGGCGAAUCUUGUUGAGCUGCCGAUUGGAAUCUAUCUCUUGUAUCGCCAAGUAGGAUCGCCCAGCUUAUUGGUGUUGGUACCUACAGUCAUCACCACCAUCUUGAGCGGAAUUAUCUCGCCAGCCAUGGACCCAGCCACCGUGAAGUGGAAUGCCGCUGUCCAGAAGCGCGUCGGAGAAACUUCAAGCAUGCUCAGCCAGAUGAAAGGUAUCAAGAUGAUAGGACUUAGUGACUUCUUCCAUGCAUUGGUACAAGGCCUUCGAGUACACGAGCUCAAAGUGUCGGCCAGAGCUCGAUGGCUUCUUGUGCAUUUUGUUACUCUUGCUUUCACCUCUCUGUCACUGAUUUCCCUUGUAACGCAGCCCCUUGUCGCAAUUCUCGUAUCCCUGAUGCAGAUCGCUGGCGUCUUUGGGGGCUGUGGACGGAUACAGGCAUUCUUACAGCUUGAAGAGCAAAAGGAUGGUCGUUCAAGUCUGAAAUCAUCGUCCUUGGUCGUGUCCAUUCAAGAGGCGACAUUCCAAACCGACGAUGAAGUGACCCUUCUCAAGGCUAUCAACUUGGUCGUGCUGGAAGGAACUCUCAACAUGAUUGUCGGUCGAGUGGGAUGUGGCAAGUCUUCGUUACUCAAGGCAAUCAUCGGUGAGCUCGUUCCAACAACAGGGCACGUCAGGGCAGAGAACUCUGUGGGUUACUGCGAUCAGAUUCCAUGGCUGCGAAAUACCACUAUCAAGAACAACAUCAUAGGACAGUCAUCCUUUGACGAGAAGUGGUUUCACACGGUACUUCGCUCAUGUACCUUGGAUGAAGACAUGCAUCAACUGCCUGAAGGUUACGAGACUAUCGUGGGCUCAGGGGGAGUAGCUCUUAGUGGGGGUCAAAAACAGCGAGUGGCCCUCGCUCGAGCUGUAUACUCACAAAAGCGGCUCAUUAUCCUGGAUGAUGUCUUUAGCAGUCUCGACAACUCUACCUCUGAGAAAGUCUUUCAACGUUUGCUUGGAGGAAACGGUCUUUUGCGAAGGAACAAGACUACUGUGAUUUUGACAACAAGCAAAGUUCACUUUCUACCUUCUGCCGAUUAUAUCACCAUGCUUGAGGAUGGAUCCGUCACUCGUAACCAGGAGCCAUACGAUAAGCUCGAAACUCUGGCCAAGGGAGUUUUGGACGACGAUGAGCAAAGCAAUGCGGACAGAAAGCCCCCUCGACCCAGUGAAAAACCCUCGGCAAAGAAGGAGAUUGACCUGGCCCGUCAAACUGGCGACACGGCCUGCUACAAGAUUUACCUUCGCUCGAUGGGUUGGAAGAUCAUCGUCAUCGUAUUUCCUUUGGCUGUGGUUAGUACUGUGAUGGAGGUCAUGCCUCAAAUCUGGCUACGACUAUGGACAGAAAGGGCCGACGGAUCAAAGGACGCUCGAUACGCUGGUGGCUAUGUUGGUUUUACCAUGGCUUCCAUGCUUCUAGGAACUUUUAAUCUUGGCUACUUUCUCAUCAUGGCCGUUCCCAAGUCGUCAAACCGUCUGCAUGAGCAGCUGUUGACGUCGGUCACUCGUGCCCCGUUGUACUUCUUCACCACUACGGAAAGUGGAAGCAUCUUGAACCGAUUUAGUCAGGACAUGACACUCAUCGAUGGGACUCUGCCAUUGGCGUUCUACUUGACUCUGGACUUGACCCUGCGAGGGAUUGUCCAGACCGGAGUCGUUGCAUCUGGUGCCACUUACUUUGCGGCAUUUCUCCCCUUGUCUUUCCUUGCUCUUUACUUGAUUCAAAAGUACUACCUUCGCACUUCCCGUCAAAUGCGUCUCCUAGAUCUCGAGGCAAAGACACCACUCUACACCCACUUCACCGAGAUGAUUGCCGGGUUGUCUACUCUUCGUUCGUUUGGAUGGUCAAAGGCAUUCCUGAAUGAGGGUUAUCAACUUCUCAGCGAUUCCCAAAGCCCAUUUUACAUGAUGUUUUGCAUUCAACGCUGGCUUGAACUUGUUCUGGAUUUGUUUGUCGCUGGCAUGGCGGUGGUGCUUGUCUCGCUUGCUCUCCGCAUCCAAGGGGCCACAACUCAGGGUGCUAUUGGUCUGGCCAUGGUGAAUAUCCUGGGCUUCAACCAAACCCUGACGACUGUUAUCGAUCAAUGGACACAACUGGAAACGUCUUUGGGAGCAAUUGCAAGACUCAAGUCGUUUAUCAGCAGUACUCCUGAUGAAAACAAGCCGGCAGAGAAGGACGCCCCGACAGAUUGGCCCGCAGAAGGUGGAAUUGAAAUCGACAGCAUUACAGCUGCUUAUAGUGGCGACUCCCAACCUGUGCUCAACGGCGUGUCCCUUGUCAUCAAGCCUGGACAAAAGGUCUGCAUUUGUGGGCGAUCUGGAAGUGGAAAAUCUUCUCUUGUCCUUUCCAUCCUUCACCUUCUCGAACUGUCUUCUGGAUCUAUACGCAUUGAUGGAAAGGACCUAGCGACAGUCCCCCGACAGCAUAUUCGUUCACACGUCACAACAGUCCCGCAAGACCCUGUCAGCCUUUCUGGCACCGUGAGACAUAACCUGGAUCCAGAGGAGCUUGUCCAAGCUGAUGAGAUUCUCAUCCAAGCCCUUCAAAAGACUACACUGUGGGAAGCCAUCGAGGCUCGUGGAGGACUUGAUGCUGAGCUGAGUGAGUUGGGAUUUUCAGUGGGUCAGCGUCAACUGUUCUGUUUGGCGCGUGCCUUGCUUUCACGGUCAAGGAUCCUCCUUCUUGAUGAGCCAACAAGCAGUGUUGAUAACGCGACAAAUGACGACAUCAGAAAGAUUCUGAAAGAGGUCAUGGAUGGUCGGACAGUAGUUGAGGUCGCACAUCGCCUUGAUCACGUCACUGAGUUUGAUGUUGUGGUGGUGAUGGGUGAAGGCAGGAUUUUUGAAGCUGGAGAUCCUCAAGAGUUGUUGAAAGGGGAUUCUGCUCUCAAGGUCUUGCAGCAACAGGGACAGUGA